CCGGUAUAAACACAGCAGGGCUGCGCGGCCUAGUGGAAAGAUGUCUGACUCGGAGAGCGACGAGGAGGAGGAGGAGGGCCAGGGGCCGGGCUCCUUCUCUUUGGCCGGCUUCCUCUUCGGGAACAUCAACGCCGAGGGCCAGCUGGAAGGGGAAGGCCUCCUCGACCAGGAAUCCAAAAAGCACUUGGCUGGACUUGGGGCGCUGGGUCUGGGCAGUCUCAUUACCGAAAUCACAGCCAGCGAAGAGGACGCUUCAGAGGCUGAUGGAGCCCAGUUGGAUGAGGAAGGCUGGGUUAAGAGCACGGAAGAUGCCGUGGAUUAUUCGGAUAUCAAUGAGGUCGCUGAGGACGAAAGCCGCAGGUACCGGCAGGCGAUGGGCAACCUUCAGCCUGUUCAGAGGGCAGGAGGCUACCUCAGUCUGGUCUCUUAG